CAAACGAAGCAUCUGCCCAGGCCCGAAACCAAACCGACGAACAGCCACACUCAUUUGCGCCAUCCUCCGCGAGAUAGAUCUCCAAGAAGCGCUACCAGCAGAGUAUCAAGGUUAAUCGAAGCCACCGGCAACGUCCGGCAUUCGCAAGGCCACAGACUGCCGCCGCCGCUACGUGACCUCGACUCCGUACCGCGGUCAGUAACUCUCCUCGCACCACGCACUCGGAGAGGCGCAGACAAGCCCACUCGACCCGAACCCUUGCCAGGCGCCGCCGUCUCCCUCCUCUCACACGCCGAGACGCUCGAUACUUGGGGCGUUCCAAUCACCCCGCCAAAACUUUUCCAACGGUCCAACAGACCAGAUACCGCACUACGCACCAUUACAGCACACGCUUAA